UCAAUUGAAUGGAGGAAACAGGGUUUGAGUAGACUAUUGAAGAAGAAGAGGAGGGUUUGAGGAGAAAUCAAACGGUAGAAAAUGAUUCCUCUGGUGCGGCGAAUCCAACCGACUGCUCUCUUACUCCAACGAGCUACUUCUCAGUUCCGGUUGGCAAGAACAGACGCUAGAAAAGCUGCGUUCGCAAGGAAGAAGGCGUUGGCCGAUGAGAAGUCGGAAUGGUGGGCUGUUGACGGCGAGAUGCACGAGAUUGGAGAAAACGUCCCUCUACGAGAGAGGUUCGUCAUUCCUAGGGACAAUAUUCCUAACAGGCGCCGUAAACAACUAAGAGAGCAGUUCAUGCGCCGUACCCGCCUUCUUCUCAAGGAUACGGAGCAAGAAUCUUGGUGCAAAAACUACAUGGGACUAUAUCAAGAGCUCAGGGAGAACUGGGAGAGGAUUUAUUGGGAUGAAGGCUAUUCCAAGAAACUUGGUCAGGAUCAUUCACGAUAUGACUCUGCUGAAGAUGAUAACUUGGACUUCUCCCCAUACAGGCAUAGGCAGCCCGAUGGUGAGAGAGCUAAGAACCAAGGUUUUGUUAGAAACACCGGAGAUGAUGCCUGGGAAAAGGUGAGCCAGAUUCGCGAUAGAUUUGAAUCUGACAGGGAAAAGAGAAUGAGAGAAAAAGCAUUUGCACCGAUGAAUAAAAGUAAUGAUUCUGAUUCCGAUGAUUCAACCUCCAUAAAUCAACCAUACAAUACUCAGAGAUACUUUUAAACUCUACUCCAUCUUCAUCACACUGCCAAACAGUGAAGAGCCUAGCCUUGUACAGUUUUGAGAUGUCAAAAUUGGUAUUUACUAAAUCAUUCCAACUUUGAUAUGGCCUUGUGUUUUUUAUUAUUAAGAAUCUCUUCUUGUUCAGUUAUUGAUUGACAGACAGAAAAGGAUGAUGAUCUAUCAACAGAUCUUAGGGUUUCUGAUUUUACUUCUUUUUUUUCCUAACUUUAUUUUUCAUUUCAAUUAACUACUCAGAUUUUGUAUAUCUAAUAUUAGUGUCAUUUUUAUUUUAAGGAACCCU